GCGUUCACCCUGGGUGGAGAGGAGUUUCGGCGCUCGGGUUCCCGCCGCCUUCCCGGGUUAGGAGCAAGGAAGCCGGCUAGUGGGUGGCAAGAGGCGGAGCCAGGGACGCAAGGGGCGUGGACCCGGCCGGCUUUGGAAGGGCCCCAAGUUAAUGAGGCGUGCGCCAGCAGCCGAGCGCCUCUCGGAACUGGGCUUUCCCCCGCGGUGCGGGCGCCAGGAGCCGCCUUUUCCGCUGGGUGUCACUCGGGGGUGGAGAGGAUGGCCCAUUCAAAAGCGCCGCGAGGGGGCCCUGCCAGUACCCUUCAGUGAGCGCUCGCAAGAGGACUGCAGGAGCCUAGCAGCUGGUGGCUCCGGGACCUUGCGGCGAAUCAGGACGCGGCUAACCCUCUGCCGGGACCCAGAUCCGCCACCGCCGCCGCCGCGGUUCUGUCUCCUGCGAGUUAACCUCCUCUGCGCGCUCCGGGCAGGUGGCCGUGCGAGUCGCUGGAGCGAGGACGGCGCGCGUCUGCUGCUACUGCCCCCAGCACGGGCCGUUGGACACGGAGAGGCCGAGCCAAGAGGCAGCCCCCCUUAUGCCGAGAGGAUGUUGGAAAGCAGUGGCUGCAAGGCUCUGAAGGAGGGCGUGCUGGAGAAGCGCAGCGACGGGCUGUUACAGCUCUGGAAGAAAAAGUGCUGCAUCCUCACCGAGGAGGGGCUACUGCUCAUCCCGCCCAAGCAGCUGCAACACCAGCAGCAGCAACAGCCCGGGCAAGGGCCGGCCGCCGACCCGUCCCAACUCGGAGCCCCCGCCGUUGCCGGCCUUGAGCCGCCGGUCAAGCUCAAGGAAUUGCACUUUUCCAACAUGAAGACCGUGGACUGCGUGGAGCGCAAGGGCAAGUACAUGUAUUUCACUGUGGUGAUGGCUGAGGGCAAGGAGAUCGACUUUCGGUGCCCGCAGGACCAGGGCUGGAACGCCGAGAUCACGCUGCAGAUGGUGCAGUACAAGAACCGUCAGGCUAUCCUGGCAGUCAAGUCCACGAGGCAGAAGCAGCAACACCUGGUCCAGCAGCAGCCCCCGCAGCCUCAGAGCCAGCUCCAACCACAGCCACCUCCACAGCAGCCACCGCAGCAGCCCCCGCAGCAGCCCCUGCCCUUGCCCCAGUCCCAGUCCCAGCCCCAGCUCCAGCUGCAACCCCAGCCCAAACCCCAACCCCAGCAAUUCCACGCGUACCCGCAUCCUCAACCGCACCAGCACCCGCACCCUCACCCACUCGCGCACCCGCACCCACCACCGCACUCGCAGCCACACGGGCACCGGCUCCUCCGCAGCACCUCCAAUUCUGCCUGAAGAGGGCAGCACUCAGGCCACAGCAGAUUUGGAGGGCUUGAGAAAGUGGGACGAGAGCACAUUGAUAUUGCCUUCGCUUGGAUCACACCCGAGAACCGUCUCCCGCCCCGCAGCAGAUCCGGUAGAUUGGACUUAACCAGACUGUUAAUUGCGGGGUCGCUCUUGGUUUGUCCAUGUAUUCUUCAUCACCACCCUGGAAACGGCAUCGCCAAGACUUUAUUUAUGAACCUCUGAAAGGAUCUUUUAGGACGGUUGGACCUUGGAGCGAUGAUGUACUGUAAUUUUAUUUUAAUGUAUUUUGAUUUGUGAUUAUUUAUUAGUUUUUUAAAAACUUGUUCUGAGACAUUUCUGAAUGUAGGCCACUUUCCCAACAAGAAACUUUAUUUUCAAAACCCAUCCCUUAGUACGUCCUAAUUUUGGAAAAGAAAACGGAAAAAAAAUGGUGGGUGGAGGGAAAACCUAAGAAUCUGGUGCGUUCUGCCUAGGGCAUUUCCAGAAGGUCUGACCCUUGCAUUGUUUGGCCAGGAGGUUAAAAUUAAACUGAUAUUACCUUUUCUUUGAGGUUCCUUCCCCCUU